ACACAUCGACAAAGCUACUAUAAAUCUGAUUUUCCUGUUUGAAUCAUUCUGUUACACUCUCAGAUCUCAGUAUUUCCAGCAAGUUAACGAUCAGAUCCCGAAACCCAAUGGCGGUGGCCAUCCGAGGAGGCCGAGUUGGAGGAGGCGGUGGACUUGGUAUGGGCUUACGCGGCUUCUUCUCCUACCGGAUCUUUGUCUCCGCCAUGUUCUCUCUUCUCUUCCUGGCUACUCUCUCCGUAAUUCUCACAACUCACCCCUCCACUUCUCAUCACGACUCAGGACUUCCGAGUGUUGGUAAUGCAUAUGUUCAACGAACGUUUUUAGCACUGAAAUCUGAUCCACUUAAAACGAGGUUAGAUUUGAUUCACAAACAAGCCAAUGAUCAUAUUGCUUUAGUCAAUGCUUAUGCGGCGUAUGCCCGGAAGUUAAAGUUAGAUAUUUCUAGGCAAUUAAAGAUGUUUGAUGAUCUCGCUCGGAACUUUUCCGAUCUUUCUGUCAAACCCACUUACAAGGCUUCUCUUUUCGAGCCUGAGGGUGCUGUUGAUGAGGAUGUGUUGAGGCAAUUUGAGAAGGAAGUUAAGGACAAAGUCAAAUUUGCUAGGUUAUUGAUUGGUGAAUCAAAAGAGAGUUAUGAUAAUCAGUUGAAGAUUCAGAAGUUGAAAGAUACCAUUUUUGCUGUUAAUGAAUUGCUGGUUAAGGCUAAGAAAAAUGGGGCUCUUGCCAGCUUGAUUUCUGCUAAAUCGGUACCUAAGAGUUUGCAUUGUUUGGCAAUGAGACUUGUGGAGGAGAGGAUUUCACACCCAGAAAAGUAUCAGGAUGAGGAGCCUAGCCCAGAGUUUGAGGACCCCACUUUGUAUCAUUAUGCUAUAUUUUCUGAUAAUGUGAUUGCGGUGUCAGUGGUGGUGGGGUCUGUGGUGAAGAAUGCGCAAGAACCAUGGAGGCAUGUCUUUCAUGUGGUUACUGAUAGAAUGAAUGUUGCAGCGAUGAAAGUUUGGUUCAAGAUGAGGCCAGUUGAAGGUGGUGCACAUGUGGAGGUGAAGGCAAUUGAGGAUUAUACCUUCUUGAAUUCUUCUUAUGUGCCAGUGUUGAGGCAGCUUGAAUCUCUUAGAAUGCAGAAGUUUUACUUUGAGAAUAGGGCAGAAUAUGUGACAAAAGAUGUGAAUCACAUGAAAUUUAGGAAUCCCAAGUACUUGUCAAUGUUGAAUCAUCUUCGGUUUUAUUUACCCGAGAUGUAUCCAAAAUUACAUAAGAUUUUGUUUUUAGAUGAUGAUGUGGUGGUUCAGAAGGACUUGACUGGGUUGUGGAACAUCGAUUUGGAUGGGAAGGUGAAUGGAGCUGUGGAGACCUGCUUUGGUUAUGUCGCGUUAUGCUCAUAUCUGAAUUUUUCACACCCGAUCAGGGAGAGGUUUAAUCCCAAGGCUUGUGCUUGGGCAUAUGGGAAUAUAUUUGAUCUAGACGCUUGGAGGCGUGAGAAAUGCACAGAGCAAUACCAUUACUGGCAGAACUUGAAUGAAGAUCGUACUAUGUGGAAACUGGGCACCCUUCCACCGGGCCUCAUCACUUUCUACUCGUCAACCAAGUCAUUGGACAAAUCCUGGCAUGUGCUUGGACUUGGGUACAAUCCAAGUGUUAGCAUGGAUGAUAUCAACAAAGCUGCUGUCAUUCAUUACAAUGGAAACAUGAAACCUUGGCUUGAUAUUGCUCUGAAUCAGUAUAAGAAUCUCUGGACUAAAUAUGUGGAUAAUGAUAUGGAGUUUGUUCAGGUGUGCAAUUUUGGCUUCUAAGCAAGUACC